AUGCCGGCGACACGUCUCACCUAUGACCAUCUGCCCCUUCACGGCAAGGUCUAUGCCGUCACAGGCGGUGCCAGCGGUAUUGGCCUUGCGACAGCCAAGCUUCUUUCGAUGAGGGGGGCGGCCGUCUGCAUCGCCGACAUUGACUCAGAGGCCAUGAAAGCAGCUGAGGCCCACUUCACGCCUCUCCAGGUGCCGUUCAUGGUGUCAAAGGUUGAUGUGUCGAGAAGAUCCGAGGUAGACUUUUGGAUCGACACCAUCAUCCGGGAACAUGGCCGUCUUGAUGGCGCCGCGAACGUGGCCGGCGUCAUUGGCAAGGUUCACGGCACCACCGCAGUGACCGACAUGGAGGAUGGCGAGUGGGAUAGAAUCAUUGCCGUGAACCUCACGGGCACCAUGUACUGCAUGCGCGCGCAAUUACGCAGCAUCGCAGACAAGGGGUCCAUCGUCAACAUAUCAUCCAUCCAUGGUCUCAAGGGCUUUGCGAAACACUCGGCGUACGAUGCCAGCAAGCACGCCGUCAUUGGUCUGACCAAGGCGGCGGCUCUGGAGAACGGAGACCGCGAGAUCAGGGUCAACAGCGUCGCGCCAGGUUCGGUCUACACGCCACUGAUGCAGAAGGAAUGGGACCACAGUGGACGCGCGAAGGACGCUCCGUUUGAUGAGCCCACUGCGUUCCGGCGGUUUGGGACCGUCGAAGAGACGGCCAAUGUCAUUUGCUUCCUGCUGGGGCCCGACAGUUCGUUUGUGAGCGGUGCGGUCUACACAGUAGAUGGCGCUUGGAUCUGA